AUGGCUGUGACUGCUGACCAAGAACCUCCGAUGGUGACCUCGGCUGUUGGAACGAGCAGCGACGCCACCGCACUCGGAGCCAGUUUCCAGGUCUUCCUGAGCUUCCGACGACCCGACACUCGCCGCGGGUUCACCGAUACCCUCUACCACGCCUUGGUCGACGCCGGGGUCCGCGUCUUCGGAGACGACGCCGGGGUCCGCGUCGGCGAAACGAUCGGCGGAGCGCUUCUGCGAGCGAUCGACGACUCCAAGCUCUACAUCCCAUCUUCUCCAGAUCCUACGCGUCCAGCAAAUGAGAGUGAGAAUUCAGAUGUAUCGGUAGCUGAGGCAAGGAGAGCUUACAAACUGGUUGCUACUGAGGUGUUGGAUAAUCUCAAGACUAAACACAGAUCUGUGACUGAACAUCUAAUUGGAAUGGAUGACCGAGUAGCAACCGUACAAAAACUUUUGGACGUCCACGCUGGUAGUGUAUGGCUUGUUGGAAUUCACGGGAUGGGUGAUAUAGGCAAAAUUGAUGACGUUGGUUAUGGAAUGAAGAGGAUCGAAGAAACACUUUGCAAUAAGAAGGCAUUGAUUGUUCUUGAUGACAUGGAUAAGAGUGAACAAAUCAAGAAAUUGAUUGGAAGUUUUUUACAUUCGGGAACUAGAAUAAUUAUCACAACAAGGAAUAGAAGUUUGCUGCAAAUUAGGGGAUUUAAGUAUGAAAUUCUACCUUAUGAAAUGCGGGAAAUGAAUUCUAAGGAUGCGCUUCAGCUUUUCAGCUGGCAUGCAUUCUGUGGAGACUCACCACCAGAUGUUUACAACCACCUUUCAAAAGAAAUUGUCAGUGUAACUGGAGGACUUCCUUUGGCUCUUGAAGCUGUAGGCUCGUUACUUUAUCUUAAAGAGGAAGUAAUAUGGAUAGAGACAUUGGACAAGCUAAGAAGCAUACCAGAGGAGGAGGUCCAAAAGAAUUUGAAGAUAAGCUUUGAUGUCCUUGAUGAGUUUCAGCAGCAUAUUUUUCGUGAUAUUACAUGCUUUUUUGUUAAUGAGGAUGUAACCGAUCCGAUUUACAUGUGGACCGCCGAUCGAAAUUUCCCACAAUGUGGGAUAGAAGUCCUUAUCAAUAUGUCCUUGAUAAAGUUAGUAAAGAACAAUAAGCUUUGGAUGCAUGAUCAGUUAAGAGAUCUUGGAAGGGAAAUUGUUUAUCAAGAAAGUCCGAUAGACCCUUGGAAGCGUAGGAGGUUAUGGAUCAAAGAGGAGAUACUCAACAUCAUAAGAUCAAAAGAGAGGAAGGGAAAAAUUCAAGGACUUGAUCUAAAUGGAAGGCAUACUCAGAUCUUACUUACAAAUGACGAGUUUGAAAGGAUUCCACAUUUAAGGUUCCUUAAAUUAUGCAAUGGAACCUUUGUUGGGGACUUUGCGAAUUGCGGUACAAAGUUAAGAUGGAUGUCAUGGGAUUCUCCUCCUCCAGAUUUUAGGGUGGCCAAUAUGUAUCUACAGAACGUAGUUGUUCUUAAACUUUCUACCAAUCGCUUCAAUGACUCAGAUGUAUGGAGCCUAAUCAAGAUGGCCAGCAAAUCGAAAGUUCUAUCUCUUCAAGAUUGUCCUAGCAUAACAAGAACUCCAAAUGUCUCUGGAUGUUCUACUUUAGAGAGGUUGACUCUUCAGGAAUGUGAAAAUUUGAGGACAAUUGACUGCUCCAUUGGGAUGUUAAAGUGCUUGAUUGACUUGGAUAUUGACAGCUGCCCCCUCUCUCAAAGAGUUGCCCGAUGAA